GCGGUCUUCCCAUCAUGCACUCCCCGAUCAUCAGCGGGAAACCAAAAUGGCGAACGUGCUGGGGGAAAAUGAGCCGUUUGUUAUUUUCUGAAGAAGAAGAAGGCACAACCCCAGCCAGUUAUCUAGAGAGCCCUUUGCAGUAAUUUCAGUUGCAACAGGAGCGGGAUAACAGCGCCACGCAUAUCGAAGUUAUUAUUUUGUUGUACGAGUCAUUUUGUAGAAGCGGAGGUGGCCGAAUGAGAGACUCGGGGGUUGUAGAUCACCUGUCUGUCCAUCACAGAGGUCACCCCCAGCGGCAGCAGCAGGCUGUGUCCCUGUCCCCGGCCAGCCUCUCUGCCAGGGGACAGUAUGGAGAAGACGACAUGUCUGACAGGUUUACAGAGGGACAGGACGUCUUGGCGCGGUGGUCAGAUGGCCUGUUCUACUUGGGGACAAUCACAAAGAUAGAUCGGGACAAGCAGCGAUGCUUUGUGGUUUUUGAGGAUCGGUCAAAGUCUUGGGUUCUUUGGAAGGAUAUACAAACAGGGGAUGAAGAUGAUGAGGAUGACGAUGACGAUGACAUCGUGUGCUCCAUAUGCCAGGAUGAAACUUCAGAGGAACCCAAUGAGAUUGUCAUUUGUGACAAGUGUGGACAAGGUUACCAUCAGCUGUGUCACUCCCCCAUCAUCGAUGCCGCUGUCAUCGACUCUGAUGACAAGUGGCUUUGCUCAGAAUGUGACCUCAUGUCUAUACCUAAGAGGGGGAGCACACAUAGACGAGGAUCCUCUGUUAAACGCUUUUAUCAGCAGGAGCAGCAGCAGCACACAGAGCUUCACCUGUCCUUCCCAUACGCCCUGGAUGAACUGGUUUGGGACCAGAGCCACAAGACUAACAUGCAGCAGUGCUACUGCUACUGUGGCGGUCCAGGAGACUGGUACCUGAAGAUGCUGCAGUGUAACAGGUGUCGUCAGUGGUUCCAUGAAGCUUGUCUCCAUUGCUUACAGAUACCGUUGCUCUACGGAGACAGGUUUUAUGUGUUUAUUUGUUCGGUUUGCAAUGGUGGACCAGAGUACCUCAACCGGCUGCCUCUCAGCUGGAAGGAUGUCACACACCUGAGCCUGUACAACCUGAGUGUGAUCCACAAGAAGAAGUACUUUGACUGUGCUAUGCACCUGAUGGUUUAUAUCAACAACAACUGGGAGCUGCUGCAGCUCGGCGAGCUCGCCAACACUCCAACAUCAGAGCGUUAUGACAGUGUUCUGGAGGCACUAAACAGCAAUAAGUGCAUGUUCAUGUCAGGGAAGGAGGUAAAAAAGAAGAAACACUUGUUUGGCUUAAGGAUCCGCUUUCCUCCUUCUCCCCCAAACUGUGACGAGCCCACAGGCAGAGUGAUGGAGAAGGCCUCACAUGAGAUCACCAUCAAGGGAUGCAAGCCCACCAAAGGCCUGUCUGGAGUGAGAAGUUCCAGUGCUUUAACCAAUGGCACAGAGAAAAAGAAGAAAAAGAGGAAGCAAGGAGCGCGAUCUGUGGAGUCUCUGGCUAAACCACAACGCUCUGCUGAGCUCUUGUCCCAGGGAAUUAGAAAGCCUGCACCACUAAAGGCCCAUGCAUUGGAUCAUUUAACCUCAAUCAAGAGUGACAAGUCCCUGCUGCAAACAUCAGACGUGGAAUCGAUAGGAGCACUGAGCACCUCAGAAACUACCUCAACUAGCAUUUCAAGAAAGUCCAGCCUCUGUAGUUCCAGCAAGACGCAUACAACAGCCAGCAUCAUGCCUGUUUCCUCUCCACCUUUAAAAAGGAAGCGUGGCCGCCCUCGACGGGCACUGCAGCCACCCAACCCAGAGAUCCCCCCACCCAGCCAUGCAGACACAAACCCUUCAGCCACAGAGAUGCUGAGCAGCCUCCCUGGCCUCCACUCCUCAGACAUAGUUCACGGCAUGGACCCCAACAGCCAGCUCUCCCACCUCAAAAGCUCCAUCAGCAGCUAUUUCGGAGCAGCAGGGCGUCUGGCUUGUGGGGAGAAAUACAAAGUCCUUGCACGAAGGGUUACCCUUGAUGGAAAGGUGCAGUACCUGGUGGAGUGGGAAGGAAUCACUGCUUCUUAGGCUUGCCACGGUCAUCACUUCUUUUCACCAGCACUUACAAGAGCCUCAAAUCUGUGCUGAGGACACGUGUAUCUAGAGCAUUAACUGAUACAUGACUUUGUUUAAUUUAGACAAGAACACGUUUUGCUCACUGUAAAGCCUACUGGUUCAGUGUGGUCCAGUGUGAUUAUCAGACAUUUAUGGAAUAUUUUCAUGUGUUGUAAGAUUACAGUUGAUACAUGGAAAAAUGAAGUAUUGUCAUUACACCACGCCAUGUUUGUGUUAUUCUGGUUUUUGCUUUGAAUGUUUACAGAAACCCUCGUUUAUUCAGGUGUGAAUAAUUGCUCUACACCUACUGCACCUGUAGGCAUUCAGUGAGCGCUUAUAGUGCUUUAUUUUUAAUCCAGUGAUAUGCUUUUUAUUUCAUGACCAAUAAGUAUGAAAACUGUAUGUUUAUUGACAGAAUGUAGUGUCAGGUAUGAAAUACUGAAUCUUGGAGGACAAGAAAAAGAGAGGAAGUUUUCUCUAAACAUUAAUUGUUUGAAAACUGCAGACGUGCAGUCAGUUAAAUCAAUUCACUUGAUCUUUUUUUGUCGGAUAAAAACAUGUCCCUUUACAACCAUGUCUCCCCUCUCUCUAGUCCCAGAUAUGAGUACCUCUUGUUGCCUUUUGGCAAGCGUAUCCUUCAUCUCUGUUUUGAAAAGCGUGCUCAUUUGUGAGCAGUUAAGGAGGAACUUAAGAAAAAAAAAAAGACAUGCUGCUGCAAAUGUUUAUUUUAUAUAGAACCUAUACUACAAUUAUUACUUUUUUGUUCUUUUUCAUGUCUUUUCUGUUCAUGGAUUCACUUGUACAUAACAAGAUAUCCGUUGUGCUGUCAUCUCAUUUUGAAGCCUUUUGAGCUUUUCAGAUCAAGGCAGUAUUUCUUAUCUAUGGUUCUUAUAAAUAUUUUUCUUCUACUUAUUCCGUAACAGGUAAAAUUUGGAUUUGUGGGUUUCCUAUAAUCAACUUAUCAAGUCUGUACCUAAAGGGGUCUUAUUAAAUUGUCCAUUCUUGAAAAUAACUUUGUUUUCAUAGAUUCUUUGGCUAAAAACAUAUCGUUUUAAAUACUUUUCAUUUGAUUAAUUAACCUAAAUCUUUAAGGACCUAAUUUAGUUGUAUUUUAUCUGCUAGUUAAAUAAACUGCUGCGUAACAUGAUUGUUGUAAGCCCAGUUACCGUACAGUUCAGGAUUGUUUUUGUUAUUUGUGCUGCCUAUGCAAAUUAUUCAUGGAUAAAUCUGUUCAGUUGUUUAAUAGAACCACAUGACUUGACAAGAGGAACUUCAGCAUUGUUACUGUGAUGAUUUGACUCAGGCGUUCAGUUUUCCAUGUGAUUGGUGGAACAACAAAUCAUGUACAAGAAUGCACUUGGACUCUUUGGUUUUAUGUCAAGUUCACCUUAUGGUCUACACACUCAGGAUAUGUCCCAAAGCUUCACUGCAUUGCAGAGGCCAGCAUUUGCAGCCUGACUGGAGGUUUUUGAUACGAGUUGUUCACUCUGUUGUUGGUCAGUGUUUUCAUGUCAUGCUCUCGGUUAUUUUGAGUCAUUAACAUGUAACAUAUCUUUUUAGGUAUAGUCAUUUGUAGUCAAUUAUACUGCUAUGCUUCCUUGUUCAAACUGGGUCAGAAAACUAUCACUGGAAAACUAAAAGGCUGUAUGUGUCAUUACAGGAGGUAAAUAUUCAGUUAGUAUUUAAUGUCUCUUUUUGGAGAUGUUUCUGAUUUUGUCAAAAUGACCCUUAUGUCGUGUCUUGUUUGUAGGGGUGUAUCCAGUGCGUUAAGCUUCUCUCUGUUCAAUCACUCUCAGCCUCCAUGUUGCUACCACUGACUUCAAGCAGGCUUCUGCAGCCAAAGAACAUACAUGUAACGUCUGCUUUCUCCUUUUGAGAUUCUUCUUAUUACAUUUUUAUACAUCGUUAUAUAGGUUGACGUGUUACUUGUGAGCCUGUUUUGUUAAAGGACAAAUAAAAGUGGAUAUUUUGAA